AUGUCAGUCGCCUGCAAGAGCACCUGGGAGGCACAGGGCAGCUCCUCUUGCUCCGGCUCCACCCCAGGGCUGCUCCGAAUCAUCCGCAUGCCUGGGAUGUCCAGCCGGACUUCUAAAACCUGCUGGGGCCUCCUCAGGGCUGUCUACACCUGCCCAGGAUUCCCUGCCCAGACGGGUCGGAAGUCAGGGUCAGGGACCCUUCCCCGCCUCCCCUUGCAGAUCCACUGUCUCCCAGGGACCUUGCUUGCCCCUUUCCCAGGGCCUGGUGGGCAGAGCCGAGGCUGGCCACUUAUCAACAGUCUGGGCGGGAAGACCCUUCAAAAGCCCCCGCGGGCACCACACCUGGGGACACCCCCGUGUGGCUCCCCGACCUCCCCCCGCCUCCACAGAGCAUGCACAAGCACACGCACCCACACGCCGCCACGGCUGUCCCUGGGCUCGCCUGCCUGGGGCCCGCUUCUGGGAGGACCAGUGCCAGGUGCUGCAGGCUGGGCCCGGCUGAGCAGCUCAGUGUGUGCGGCGGCCACGGCUGGCGGCGCGUGGGGCUGGGCCCGGGGGACCCCCGUGGGAGCCCUAACCCUGACGGCUCUGGCUGAAGGGACUCGGGCCAGCCAGGGGCAGCCCCCGGGACCCCCUUCCACCGGCCCUCAGCCCGAACCUGAGCUUGAACGCGGGGUAGAGCCUGGGUGGGCAGCCGCCAUUCCCCCAGCUGGCAGUGAGCCCUUCUCCCAGCCUCCUGCCCAGGAGCCAGCCCCUGAGGGACCAUCCCAGACUCCCCAGAGUUCCUUGGAAGAGGGGGCCCUCGCAGACCUGGCGUCGUACACGGCUGCCUGUCUGGACGAGGCCGGCUUUGCGGGAACGCAGGCGACGGCUCUCACCCUGUCCUCGGCCCUGGAGGCCCGGGGGGAGCGGCUGGAGGACCAGGUGCACGGCCUUGUGCGGGGGCUGCUGGCACAGGUGCCCAGCCUGGCGGAGUGGAGGCCCCAGCGGGUGGCCCUGCAGGUGCGGAGCACGCUGGCCCUGGAGCACUCUCGGGGCGUGGUGUGUGCACUGCUGCUGUGCUCAUUGCCCCCGGACCGGGCAGCAACCGAGCUUUGGCGCAGCCUGAGCCAGAACCAGCGCAUGAAUGGGCAGGUGCUGGUGCAGCUGCUGUGGGUGCUAAAGGGCUCGGCCAGAUCCCAGCUGGGGGCACUGGCGGCCUCUCGCGCCCUUGGGGAGAUGCUGGCUGUGUCCAGCUGCGUGGGUGCCAGGCGGGGCUUCUACCCGCACCUUCUCCUUGUGACGGUCACACAGCUACACGAGCUGGCCCGGGACCCAUCCCCUGACAUCCCCAAGGUUUGGGCCCCAUCCCACCAGGGCUACCCCCAUUCGUCUGCUGCCCCCCCCCCCAGCUGCACAGUGGAGGGCUCGAAGGCCCUGCUCACUGGGGACGGCUGCCGCAUGGUCGUCACGUGCAUGGAGCAGGCUGGAGGCUGGAGAAGACUGGUGGGAGCCCACCCCCACCUGGAGGGUGUCCUGCUGCUGGCCAGUGCCAUGGUGGCGCACGCCGGCCACCACCUGCGAGGCCUGUUCGCGGACCUGCUGCUCCAGCUCCGCAGCGCGGAAGACGCACAGCGCCUCACGGCUACGGCCUUCUUCACCGGACUGCUGCAGAGCCGGCCCACCGCACGGCUUCUGCGGGAGGAGGUCAUCCUGGAGCGGCUCUGCGCUUGGCAGGGCGACCAGCCCACCGUGCGCUGGCUGGGCCUGCUGGGCCUCGGCCACCUGGCGCUGAACCGCGGGAAGGUGAGGGGAAGGGCGGGGCGGGGUCUGCGAGGGGUCUCCCACGAGUCCCCGUCCCUGCAGGUCCGUCACGUGAGCACGCUGCUGUCCGCGCUCCUGGGCGCGCUGGGCGAGGACGACGCGCGGCUCGUGGGCGCCGCACUGGGGGCGCUGCGGAGGGUCCUGAGGCGGCCGCGGGCGCCGGCGCAGCUCCUGGGCGCGGAGCUGGGACCGCUCCUCCCACCGCUUCUGGACCACGCCCGGGACUCGGUCCACGCCUCUGCGGUCUGGCUCGUCGGGACGCCGGUGGCGCGCGGCCGGGGCGGGCUCCGGGUGGGGCUCCACGGCCCCCUGCGGAAGCUGGUGCUGCAGAGUCUCGUGCCGCUGCUGUUGCGGCUGUACGACCCCAGCCGGGACACCAGUGAGAGCUCAGAGUGGACGCUGGCCCUCUGUGACCAGGCCCUGCGCUGGGGCCUGCUGGGGGAGAUGGCCACUGUGGCCCACUGCGACAGCCCUGAGGCCCUAAGCCGCGUCUGCCACCGCCUGGUUCAGUGGUACCCAAGUCACGUGCCCCGCUUCCUGAGCCAGACCCAGGGCUACCUGCGGAGCCCCCAGGACUCCCUGCGCUGGGCAGCCGCCGUGCUCGCGGGGAAGGCAGUCCUGGUGUCACACUGCUUCCUGGUCCAUCACUCAAGCCCCAGCCGCAUCAACCAGGACCUGCUAGACAAUCUGUUCCAGGGUGCGGGGCAGCUGCAGAGUGACCCUGAGCCCACCGUGGUGGCAGCGGCACAAGCGUCCACCCGGCAGGUGGUGCUGCCGGCUCAGGCGCAGCACCCUCCCUGCCGUGGGCGCCUCCUGGGCCUCCUGCGCCUUCCCUGCCUGAGCCGGUGCCACGCCCGUGCCUGGCCCCCACCGGUCUACAGAGACAGCCUGUUCCAGCACCACCGGAGCCCCGCUGGCCCCUGGGGCUGCUCAGGACCAGGCUGAGCCCGACUGGCCCACCCUCCGGGCGGGAGCCAGGGUGCUGAGU